AUGCAGUACGGGAAAUGUGGGGGUUUCGGCAUCUGCAAGCGGGGCCCACAGGCAAAAUGUGGGUGUUUCCCGGGGUUUGAGCUGAGGGAGUGGGGGAACGGGGGGAACUGGUCUAGCGGGUCGUGUGUGAGGAAGACGGGGCUCGGGUGCUCGGAAGACGGGUUUGUGAAGGUUGGGAGGGUGAAGCUUCCGGACCACAGCCGGUGGUUUGCGAGUGUUGGGGACGAGUGUAGGAAGGAGUGCUUGGAUAAUUGUUCGUGCGUGGCGUAUGCGUUGGUAGAAGGGAUUGGGAAACAUGAAAGGCCACAUUGUAGUUAUAGUAGUCACAAUCUUAGGGGUUAUGAUAACUAUCCUCGUAUGUGCAUACUUUCUACGAAUGAUGUUGCUCAAGUGCACAAGGAUUCAAGGCUAAGAAUCAUCCACAGAGAUCUGAAGGCUAGUAACAUUUUACUCGACACGAAUCUUAACCCAAAAAUUUCAGACUUCGGCACAGCAAGAAUAUACUGUGGCAAGGAAGAUCAAGCCGCAAAGACAAAAAGGGUUGUCGGGACAUAUGGCUACAUGUCCCCAGAAUACGCGUUACACGGGAUGUUCUCGGAAAAAUCGGAUGUUUACAGCUUUGGUGUCCUGAUAUUAGAGAUUUUGAGUGGCAAAAGUGCCAGUUUCUACCAUGAAGAGCAACAAAUGUUCCUAAUAGCAUAUGAAACCGAUGUGGCGAGAUAUGCAAAUGUUGGCCUAUUGUGCGUGCAAGAAAUGGCAGUUGACCGGCCGGGAAUUCCUGAUAUUCUGUCUAUGCUGAGUUGUGAAAUAUCCGAGCUCCUUCGUCCGAAACAACCCGCUUUUGUUGCCGUGCAGAGGUUGUCUGAAACACGGCGCGAUAGUGAGAGUCCUAGUCAAUGUUCUGUCAACGAUUCGAAAUUUUCGAUAACUUUGUUCUUUCUUUCUUUCUUUCUUUCCAUUUUCUUCUAUGUUUAUGGCUACCAGGAGUUCAUGUUUGCAUCACUAAGAAUUAAGAAGCUAAGGGAGCGAUUGUUUAUCAAAUAA